CAAAAUUUAGUCAAGAUGCAACCAAGGCCGUUGUGCUCUAAAGCAACAGACACUCCUCCCAUUUUGUCAUCACAGACUAGCCAUUCUUAAGGCCACUGAUUGUCGUGAUAACCAGCCUGUCAAAUGGAUCCAAUAUCUGUAAGAUGCCUUAUUAACAGCAUUUCGCGGUUCGUUCAUCUAGUCUCUUGCUGCACAUUGAAGUCUAUGCCUACUCAGAAGGAUUACAGAAACAUAGCCUGUUUGUUGAAGCUUUUGAAACCAGUACUUGAUAAUGUUGUACAAAGGAAAUUCCCUUCAGACGAUAUAUUAUGUAAAGAGUGUGAAGAGCUGGAUAUAGUUGUUAAUGAGGCUAGAGAGUUCAUGGAGAGCUGGUCUCCAAAGAUGAGCAAGAUUUGCAGUGUUCUGCAAAGUAAGCCCCUGAUGCUAAAAAUCCAAAGCUCCUUGCUUAAGAUUUGCAAUAUUGUAUGUACAUUAUUGAAGUCAUCAUCAUCAAACUCAAGUUUAGCUGAUAUUCAGCACUGUAUUCACGAAUUUCACAGUUUGAAGCUGGAUAUUAUAUCAGAACGCUUGGGAGAGGUUCUGAAAAGUCAAAGAGAAGGGCUGAUUCCUGAGUCUGAAGAUCUACUAACGAUCAUCAAGUUGCUUAAUUUGACAUCAAACCAGGAACUGCUGAAAGAGAGUAUUGCCUUGGAAAAGGAGUAUAUGAAGGUCAAAGACAACAAAACUGUAGGAGAAUUAGUACAAAACAACCACAUUGUUGACCUUAUGUCCCAUAUGCGCGAUUUCAUGAUUAAGCUUGAGGGUUUUAAGUCUAUAAAUGGCAUUCCCAUCCCUUCAUACUUUCGCUGCCCUUUGUCGUUAGGACUCAUGCUGGAUCCAGUGAUUGUGGCUUCUGGCCAAACCUAUGAGAGGGCUUCCAUCCAAAAAUGGCUGGAUCAUGGAUUGACCAUCUGCCCAAGAACACGUCAGACGCUCUCACACACAAAUCUUAUUCCAAACUACACGGUGAAAGCUCUUAUAGAAAAUUGGUGUGAGGAAAACAAAAUAAAACUGUUCAACACCUCGGGGUGCACCAAAAUUGUCUCAGUUGCUUUGCAAUCUGAAAGUGUAUCUCCACAAGAUCUCCUUCAUCUCGAAAAUGUCGGUUGUUCUUUACAAAGCAGCAAUUCUACAUCAAGUUCCUCCCUUGACAGUGCACAUGGGUCUGAAUUGCAGAAGGUUGAUCGAUCUUCUAGAUUUAGAGAGGAAGAAUUUAGUGUUUGCCAGAUGAGGGAGACUGAAAACUUGGAGCAAUCGACCCCUGAACACUCAUAUAUUCAUAGCAGGAGUGAAUCAGCAUCCAGUGCUGUUUCCAACGUUGAUUAUUUUCCCCUUGCAUCAACUGAUGUCCCUGGGAUAUCCAGUGAGCAUGAUAAUGUGAGUGAGUUAUCAGGAAAGAUAAAUUUUGGGUGUGCACCAUCUUCUUCUUUGAAUGGAGAUUCAGGAUGUUCCCCUCCCUUGUCUGGAAAACAAUAUCACAGCUCCAAAACAAUGGCCGAAAUGGCUGUCAAUGGAAACCAUAGCCACCUUAGAGCACUUUCUCUUCCAUCUGAAAUGGGGUCUAGUGAUUUAACUACGAGUUCCCAUGUUGAUAAACUAGUUGAAGAUUUGAAGAGCCAAUCAAAUGCAUUGCAAGCUGCAGGUGCAGCAGAAUUACGUUUUCUUGCAAAGCACAACAUGGAGAAUCGUGUCAUCAUAGGCCAGGCUGGGGCCAUUGCACCAUUGAUUUCACUGUUACACUCAGAUAUGAAAUUAACACAAGAGCAUGCUGUCACUGCACUUCUGAACCUCUCGAUAAAUGAAAAGGUUAAGAACAAGAUUGCAGAAGCAGGAGCACUAGAACCACUUAUACAUGUUCUAAGAACAGGAAAUACAGGUGCCAAAGAGAACGCAGCAGCAUCUCUGUUCAGCCUUUCUGUUUUGCAAGAAUACAAGGUAAAGAUUGGCCGUUCCUGUGCAGUUAAACUACUGGUUGAUCUUCUAGGGUCAGGCACUCUCAGAGGUAAGAAAGAUGCAGCUACUGUCUUGUUCAACCUAUCAAUCUUUCACGAAAAUAAGGCUCGUAUAGUUCAGGCAGGAGCUGUGAAGUAUCUGGUUGAGAUGAUGGACUCUGGAUCAGAAAUGGUUGACAAGGCAGCUGCUCUUCUUGCAAACCUGUCUACUAUUCCAGAGGGGUGCUUGGUGAUUGCUCGAGAAGGGGGAAUACCAUUUCUUGUUGAGAUUGUUGAGAUGGGAUCUCAGAGAGGAAAGGAAAAUGCUGCCUCUAUACUUUUGCAACUGUGCAUUAAUAGUCCAAAGUAUUGUCGCCUUGUUUUGCAAGAAGGAGCUGUCCCACCUCUUGUCGCAUUAUCUCAGUUUGGCACGCCAAGAGCCAAGGAGAAGGCACAACAGCUACUCAGUCACUUCCGUAAUCAGCGCAAAGAUGGUACUGGGAGGGGAAAAUCAUAA